AUGACUGUUAUCAGUGAAUGGUUGUCCUGGAGAUCAGACAUGAGAGCAAUCACUAUAACCGGUGGAACAGCAGGUGGUUUCUUUCAGGAUUUUGUCCAGAGGAGACAAACUGAAUUGACAUCAUACAGCAUUAGAUCUAUUCGUAAUUUUGUAUGUGGCUCUAAAUUCAAAAAUGUCCAGACCCAUAACGAGAAUAGUAACGGCUCACCAACAGCGAGAACUGAAGGCGGCUUCAUAGUGAAACGACCUCGGAAACGACCCAUUGGUGGGGAAGUAUCAGAACUAGACCCAUUCCUGCUCCUGGAUCACUUUGGCCCAGUCGAAUACGGACCGGGAGAAGCCGUGGGCGCCCCUGAUCAUCCUCACCGCGGCUUUGAGACUGUGAGCUACAUUGUAUCUGGUUCUAUGCAACAUAAGGACAGUGCUGGUAACUCUGGCACUCUAUCAGAAGGAUGGGUACAAUGGAUGACUGCUGGAUCUGGUGUCGUACACUCCAAAAUGCCAAGCGACGACAUUAUUAAAAAUGGCGGAAAAAUUGAAGGUUUUCAAUUAUGGGUUAACCUCCGAGCAGAGGAAAAGAUGAUCCCACCUCGUUAUCAAGACACGCCCCCAGAAAGGAUACCGGUUGUGCCCACGGCUGAUGGCAAAGUGACGGUCAAAGU